AUGUGCACCUACAAACGGUUUAUUUUCGAAUGCAAGCAUGUCGUUUGGACCGGCCGUGUGAAACAGUGCACGAUUGGUGAGGACUACCAGCAGCGUGACAUAGUCCACGAUUGCAUGAUCAAGGAGGGACAUCCGCUACAUUCUCGAAGGCUACUGCAGGAUUGUGAGAGAUGCGUCAGGCUAAAGAAGGCCUCUGAUGCCUUUUGGGUGAACAUCCAAGAAUGCCGUGACGAGUGUACUCAGGUCAUCCUGUCCCAUCCGACGAACGAAGGGGGGAAAGUUGAUACCAAGCCUAUGGAUGAAGAGGACAUGGAGUAUGGAGGGGAACAUGAUGCAGAAUCUCACCAGCACUCUACACCAGAUUCUACAACCAAAGUAGACCAGGAUUCUCGAGAGACGGAUAACCAAGACGGUUGGGUCUAUUCGCUAAACGGCCGUCUUCAGACCUGCGGGAGAGAUGUGGAAAGAGAUAUCGAAUCCUUGAGUCUGCCAGACACCGAGAACAUAGAGCCUCAGACCUUGGCCGAGAAAGAUGGCUCCGCAGUUAUAUCUUUUCGUGUUUCAGAACAGUUCAAAAGCUACAUCCCCCAGCAACAAAAGACCGACAGCCGACUCCCAGAAGCACUUCCGAAUAUGAGAAAUCUGGGAAUACCGAGCGACACCAAAAUACAGAUCAACCAAAAGUCAAAUACUGCGUCAGACAAGGAUCGAGAGACCGUGAGAAUCACAUCAACUCUUCCAACCCUUCGCGCCAUUCCCAAGCCCAAGUCAAUGAAGGUUGAUGUGGACAAUCAUCACCCGGGUCCCACAUCCCGACAAUCUAUACCAAUAGCCCGCAAACCAUCGGUUGGAAAAGUUAUGCGACUUCCUCAGCCGACUAGGGCAAUGAGUGUCGGUUUGAACGUACCAGACAGGUCUCUUAUCUAG